CGGCGGGAAAGCAGCGGAGAUGUCUGGGGAGGACUCGUUGCAGGUGUGCGUCUCCUUCGAGGAGGUGGCUGUGUAUUUCACCAAGGAGCAAUGGGCUCUGCUGGACCCCAGUCAGAGAGCCCUCUACAGGGGUGUCAUGCUGGAGAACUAUGAGGCUGUGACCUCACUGGCAGGAUUCCCAGUUCCCAAUACCAGCUUGAUCUCCUGGCUGGAACAGGGGGAAGAGCUGUGGGUCACAGAUCUCCAGGACUCAAAGGAAUGGGAAAUCCCAAGAAACACCUGCACAGGCAUCCAUCUGGAUUCGUUUCCUGUCUCAGAAGGGGAUGGGAUGGUGAAUGAGAGCAUGGAAGAGAGUCCUCAGAAGGGAGAUCUGCAGCCGGGGGAACCCUACACCAUGCUCUGGGAGGAAUUCAGAGGGGACACAUCUCCAUACACCAAGCAGAAAAAAGAAUGUGAGAGGUUAUGUGGGGCAGAAAGGCUGCUGGAAAACUGCCCAAGGAUCACACUGGCUGAUGACACUCACCCAACGGGGAAUCAGGAGCACCUGAAUGAAACUCCAGUCCAGCAGGGGAGCUACCUCAUCAUCCACCCAUUCAUCCACAUGGAAGACAACCUGUACCCUGGCCUCACCUGUGAGAGGAGCUUAAAGAAGUCGGGCCUUAGCAUCCGCCAGCGCAUCCAGGCAGGAGAGAGACCCUAUAAGUGCCCUGACUGUGGCAAGGGCUUCAGCCGGACUUCAAAUCUCCGCAAACACCAGAGGGUCCAUACAGGGGAGAGGCCCUACCGCUGCCUGGAGUGCGGAACGAGCUUCAUGGGCAGCUCGUCCCUCGUUACACACCAGAAAGUCCACACUGGGGAGAGGCCCUACAGCUGUCCUGACUGCGGGAAGGGCUUCAAGCAUCGCUGGGACCUGAUUCGCCACCAGAGAGUCCACACAGGGGAAAAGCCCUACAGUUGCCCUGACUGUGGAAUGGGCUUCACGCAGAGCGUGCAUCUCCGUUCACACAGGAGAGUCCACACGGGGGAGAGGCCCUACAAAUGUGCUGACUGUGGGAAGGGCUUCAAUAACAACUCAAUCCUGGUUUGCCACCAGAGAAUCCACACGGGGGAGAAGCCCUACAAAUGCCCUGACUGUGGGAUAGGCUUCAAACAGUACUCGAGCCUCAGUUCACACCGGAGAGUCCACACGGGGGAGAGGCCCCACAAAUGCCCCGACUGCGGGAAGGGCUUCAAGGAGCGCGUGCAGCUGAGUGUCCACCGGAGAGUCCACACAGGGGAGAGGCCCUACAAAUGUCCUGAUUGUGGGAAGGACUUUAAGCAGCGCUCUGCCCUGAUUUCCCACCAGAGAGUCCACACAGGUUUGUGGCCCUACAAAUGUCCUGACUGUGGAAGGGGUUUCAGCCACAGGUGGAACUUGAAUGACCAUCAGAAAAGCCACACAGGGGAGAAACCCUACAGCUGUCCUGACUGUGGGAAGAGCUUCAAGCGGAGCUCAGGGCUGGUUUCCCAUCAGAAAAUUCACACGGGAGAUAAACCAUACACAUGCCCAGAGUGUGGGAAGAGCUUCAGCGAGAGAUCCUACCUUGUUAUACAUCAGAGAAUCCAUACAGACGAGAAACCAUACACAUGUUCAGCCUGUGGGAAGAGCUUCAGUCAGCGAUCCUACCUCAUCAGACACCAGGGGAUCCAUGAGAGACCCUACAGAUGCCCCGAGUGUGGGAAGAGCUUCAGUAAACGCUCAGCCCUCGUUUUACAUGAGAGCAUCCACACAGGAGACGGGCCCUACAUGUGUACUGUCUGUGGGAAGACCUACAUGGCAAAGGGCUCCCUAACAUCCCACCAGAAGCUCCACGCAGGGUAGAAGGCAGCAGGAACUCUCUCUGUGGAGCAAUGAGUCUGUGCCCUCCUACAGCACAGUAAUUUGAGUAGGAGUAAGGAGGUGGAGGGUUGUGGCUAAGCGAGGAAGGAAGAAUGGAUACUGAGUAGAUGGAGGGUUUCAAAUAGAGAUAAAAAUACCACCUUGCAUUUGGUCUCUGAGUGGUCCCUGUAGCCCCCAAAGCCUCUCAAAAUGUGUGGCUAUUGAAUGUUCUUCAGGGAAGUAGCAACUGGCAAUGAAAGCAGCUGUUCUGAAAUGACAGAGACAGUGACUCUGUACACAUGGCCCUUCCUUACCCCUUUCUGCUCCUUCCCCCCACCCUCCUCCCCAGGGUAUGUGAAUCCAAGAGUUCAUAGUCAUAGAAACAUGGUCAUAGAGAAGUAGGGCUGGAAGGGACCUCCAUAGGCCAUCUAGUCCAACCACCUGCCUGAGGCAGGCUUCUCCCUGUCCAAACCAUCCUGUACAAUCAUCAUAUAAACUCGACAGCAGACUGCCCUCAACCCUGACACAACAUAGAUUUAACACCCUAACCUGCCACAGGUAAAGCAGGGGAGCCACAGCAGCCAAUGUCCUGUUUCUAUAAAAUGUCAAUAAAUGCUUGAGAGGUCCCUGAUAGAACAUCAUGCCCUCCACCACAGAAGAGAGCAAAAACUCCCACAAUCCAUACCAAACUGACCAUGGGGUGAAAUUCCUUCCUGACCCCAAAUACGAUGAUCAGUUUGAACCUGAGCGGAGGGGCAAGACCCUCUACCCAGGAACCUCUGGCUUUGCUCAUAGCAGGAAAAUUGACACACCCCAGCUGAAGUCUUCAGCCUUAGCUGUUGCCAACACCCAAAGCCUCUGGGGAGGCUUAAAAUCACUCUCACACAUUUAAUAGGAUGUGGGGCGUGGGGGGAUCAGAGCACCCAGCAAAGCUCAGAAUCAUGGGAAAUACCCAUGGUAGAAAAUAGGCAUAGCUAUACCUAUAUUAUCCCCAACCAGUGACUGUCGAACCUCUUCUUGAUCACCUUCAGUGAUGGAGAGUCCACAACUUCGCUAGGCAGUCUGUUUCUCUGCCUCACUGCUCUUAACAGUGAAGAAGGUUUUUUGGCUAUCCGAUCUAAAUUUACUUUGCUGCAACUUCAAGCCACUGGUCCAUGUCCUCCUUCCUUUAGCAAGGGAGAAAAGGUUCUUUCCCUCUUUACAGCAGCCCUUUAAGUAUCUUAAGACUGCUAUCAUAUCCCCUCUUAAGCGUCAUUUCCACAAGCUGAAUGUACCUAGCUCCUUCAGCCUCUCCUUAUGAUUUGCCUUCCAAGCUCUUGAUCAUCUUUGUUGCCUGCCUCUGGACCCUCU